AAUGGCAGUAUAGCGCCAGGCCCGAUUCCCGCGACGACUCCACUUGUUGUCAAACAAGAUGAGAACGGCGUCCAAUGGAUUGCGUUCCAGUAUUCGCGCGAUCGCGUCAAAUUGGAAUACACGAUGCGCUGCGAUGUCGAAUCUGUUGACGUCGACUCACUGAGUCCCGAAUUCAAAUCCUCGAACUGUGUCUACCCUCGCGCAUGCUGCCCGAAAGAUCAGUAUAAAGGAAAUCGUUAUCAUUAUGAGAGCGAGUGCAAUGGCGUGGGAUGGGCCCUUGCAGAGUUGAAUCCGACGUUGCGUGAUAAGAGAGGUCUCAUUCAGCGAGCUGUUGACAGUUGGCGCAACAGCAACCGAGACCCAAGGUUGAGAAGCAGAAGAGUGCGGCGAAUGGCGAAAAUCACAACGAGGAACUCAGCGAAGACGCCAUCGGGUCCGCAAAUGCAAUAUCCGCUUCCCUCCAAUCCACCAAUGAUUGGCAUGCAAGCACCUCCGGGUAUGCCUCAAAACCGACCACUUCACGAUGCUGCCGGCAAUGCAGGACCUCAUCAUCACAACGCAGAUGGAAACAAUACUGGUGGUGGGAAUGACGCUAGCGCUGGACCCGAAUAUUCGUACAGUCCAAACUUCCAUCAGCACAGACCGGCGAGCUCUCUCGAUCACACCGAGCAAUUCUCCAUCCCAAGGUCCUCACAGCACUUUUCUUCAGUGUUCCCUCAGAUGCCCACGCCGGAGCAGCAUGCGUCGACUUCCGCUCCGUUGCCCUCGGAGCAACGGCGCAACGACACAUCGCGCGAGCCAGCUUCUAAGACCACCGAGGCUCACAACGGCGAAGCCGGCCAGGACAUCUUCGGCGGUCCGCUCGUGCCGAAUCGCAGACAGGUCCUCGUGGAGAAUUUCCACAAGGCAGACAAGACGCGUGUGACGAUGGCCUUUGAGAAGUGCAAAAUGGAAGAGCUUCCUGACUCGCACCUCAAGGCCAACGCAGUGUUCCCGCGCUCGUACUUUCCACGCAGUAUGGUCUCGCCGCCGGCGAGUCCUCGAGGUCGCGUCGUCGGUCGCUGGGACGAUUUCGAUGACGGAUCCGCUAUGCCUCCGAAUGAGGGUAUGCCUGUCAUGAGCACGAGUCUCGUCGCCGUGCCUCUGUUGGAUGGAAGUGUUUCGCACCUGUCCGUGCCUCAAAUGACCACUUCUCGACGCGCGAAGGAGUUUGGCCUGAAUGAGUUAUCGCAGAAGCUCUCGUGGACUAGGAGUCAAUUACUAUCUGGCAAGACUACCAUGCUUCAGCGCGCGCUGAACGGACACCGCGUCGUCAACUACGAGAACCAGGCCAAGGCAGGCUAUGAUGAUGAUUCCAUCCCAUCCUACUACAUCGUUCGGCCGGGGAAGCGCAGAUGGCAACAACGA